AUGGCGUACAGAACUGCCGAGAAAGGCUCUACAAGUGGAAACACAUUGUCGUGGAGCUUAAAAGGGUUGUUGCCAUUCUCCGGUGAUACAUCUUCGCAACCCAUUUCGAAAUCCAGGGGCAUGUCCAAACAACUUGAUAACAAGGGUCGCUCAACUGUACCCAAAGCAUCAAAAGAAUCGACAGAUAAAGCUGCGACACUGUCAGGUCUGGAGAGUCUGUCCCUGGGUCAAUCUCAAAUUGUCAACAAGUGCUUUUGUUGUAAUACAAUUCUAGCAUUCCCCAAUAGUGCUACGAAAUAUAAAUGUUCAAUUUGUCACACGACAAAUUUCGUAAAGUUGCAACAUGGAGACACGUUUGAAUCGCAUACGUUAGCUGAUUUAAUGUCCUUUUGGAAUAUCAAUUGUAUGGUUGAAGAAUGCUUUACGUACGCUGCGUCCGACGAAGGCAAGGGCCGGCCUUUACGUGAAAUAUUCCAACAAGUAUCUACCUACUUGUAUAAUGGAUUCAAGUCGUACGAAGUUCUCAACAACUCAUUCAAGGUUAAACAGCUGGAUCUUCGACUGCGUCGGCAUACUGCUAAUAUCGAUUUUACGGAAAUCAGAGAUACGUUCAACUUGUUAAUUAAAUUGCCCACAAAAAGACCCCUUUAUUCCGCAUUGAAAGGAGCCAGCGAUCAACUAAAGAGGAUUCUGCCCCCUUCAAAUAAUGCAAUGCAAUAUAGAUGGCUAUUUAUACUAUUUGAAAUACCCAUUUUGUCCAAUGCCUUGGUUCCCCGUGAUCUUCAUGUACGCUCAAUGAGCAACGACCAUGAAAUAAAAACAUUGUGCUAUGACAUUUUGAAGCGAUGCAUGGGAGUACUUUCCUGUGUUGAUAAUGCGAAGUUGAUCAGCUAUUGGGUAUCUUGGAUUGCUCAUUGUGACCAUGAGUCCUUUAUUCACAAAGUGGAAAUUAUCAAUCUAUACAUCACGUUUCAAUUGAAAAAGUACUUUUAUUUGGCAAAUAAUCCUCACAUAAAGUUUCUGCUGACUCCUUCGCCUGAUAUCCACGAAGCUGAUGAAGUGGAGUAUUUCCAAAGUGUGAAUUUGAAGAAUCACAUAGAAACUGCGCCAACAUCUCUGAACUUGCCUGGUCCACUUCUGGUGCCACAUUCGCAGUACAACAGUGGCACAAUUACAGGGGCGGCUAAUAAGGGUAAAAAUCGCAAAGACGCAAAGAUAAGAGUACAACAAUACGGUAACGAUUGGCGAAUAAUAUCAGCUCUGAGAGUGCUCUCACUAUUUCUACGAGCAAACAAAAUGAGAGAUGAUAAGGUGCCGGUGUCGGUAUUUUACAACUCCCUUGUUGAUUAUGUCAAUAUAAAGUUGGAUUUUGACUCCUGGCAAAGUAAAAAGAAACUACAAACAACCCAUAUUUGCAAAGAGCCAGAACUAAAAUCCAUAAUUGGAUAUAUACAUGGUACAAGCAUAAACAACAAUCUAUUUGAUGACGCCCUGCUUUAUCUAUGUCAGUAUCCAUUUCUCAUCUCAUUGGGAAGUAAAAUAUCUGUGUUGGAAUAUGAGGCUCGAAGACAGAUGGAACGCAAAGCUGAAGAAGCCUUUAUCAAUUCAUUGGACAAAAGAGUGGUGAUAGACGUGUACCUCAGAAUUAAAGUUAGGAGGGACCGUAUUGUACAGGACUCUAUGAAGGCAAUCAAGCUGAAUUUAACCAAUUUGAAAAAGAGUUUAAAGGUUCAAUUUGUAAAUGAACCGGGAGUAGAUGCAGGUGGCCUCCGGAAGGAAUGGUUUAUUUUAUUAACAAAAGAAAUCUUCCACCCACAGGCUGGGUUGUUUCACAACGUGGAUGAUUCCAAUUUGUUGUGGUUUAACAUGUUUCCACUUGAGGAUCCAGAAAUGUACUUUUUAUUUGGUGCAGUGUUAGGUCUUGCUAUAUACAACUCAACAAUUUUAGACUUGCAAUUUCCAGUUGCAUUGUAUAAGAUUUUAUUGGGCAAAUCACUAGAUAAGGAGGAUUAUAAACAAUUGUAUCCAGAGUCUUAUAAAUGUUUAACUCAAUUGAGAGCCAUGGGUGAUCGGCAAUUGAAAGACUUGGAGUUGACUUUUGAAGUUACUGUUAAGGAUACUUUUGGAAAGAUUUACACGAGAGAAUUAAUCACAAAUGGCAGCAAAGUACCUGUGGAAAAGGAUAAUGUAGAUGAUUAUGUCAACAAGUACAUGAAGUAUUUCAUGAGAGAGGGUAUUAAACAACAAUUGGAUUCAUUCGUUGAGGGUUUCAAUAGCGUGAUUGCAGGUAAUGCCUUGUCAUUAUUCCUGGAGGAGGAAAUUCAACUCUUAUUAUGUGGUAGUGAUGACCACAGAAUUGAUAUCGACGUUUUACAAUCGAUUACAAAGUAUAUUGGAUGGCCUUCGGCCACCGAUGCUGUAAACUCAAACAUCAUUAAGUGGUUCUGGGAGUACCUUGUAACGUUGAGCAACUCACAAAGAAAAAAGCUCCUAGUGUUUGUCACUGGGUCAGACCGAGUCCCAGCGACAGGAAUACAAAAUCUACCAUUCAAAGUGAGCCUUCUAGGACAUGGACUAGAUAGUGAGAGACUCCCCAUUGCACAUACCUGCUUCAACGAAUUGGCUAUUUACAACUACAACAGUAAAGCAAAAAUGAUUGAAAAGUUAAACAAGGCAAUCAAUGAAAGCUCUGGGUUUGGCAUUAAAUAG